AUGGCAGAGUCCAGUGCUUCAAGUUCGGCCGUGCCAAACACCAGCCCGGUGGCAGAGAAGGCAGAGGAGGUCAAAAUCGAAGCCAAGGAUGGGGCAGAGGAGUCUUCGCUGGCCGUUCCAGCUGAGAAAAAAGGGGUUAGAGCCAAACGACAGCCAAAGAAAGAUCUGGUGCCCCUCUUCGUGCAAGAGCGGGGGCACGGCCGCGACGGCGAACUCCUGCGGGACUUCAUCCUCAAGCGAGAACAUCUCAAAGAGGACCAACGUGAACUGGCCGUCAAGCGUUGGCUCAUUCGGGAGGAUUUCUUCGACGAAUUCUUUCAGGAGUACUUGGAGCACUAUGCUCAAGCAGGCGAAGUUGAAAGCAUCGAAGAUUCGGAGCUGGAAGAGAAGGCACACCAGCUGGUCGAAGCCUGCAAGGAUAUCAUGGUGUCCUCAAAGGGCAAUCAGAAGGUGGAGGACCUGGAGCGUGUGUCCAAGUCCAAUGAUGCUGAUGUCUAUGCGCUCCGUGAUACCUUGCUCCAAGCUGUCAAGGACCACAAGCUGGAUCCGCGCUGUGACGGACUCGCUGGUCCACGUUUUUGA